GUUCACGAUAAAGCCAGUAGUAUCUUGUUUCUACAACAACACGGUAUUAUACAUGCUGUCAGACAAUGUGCUAACAACCAUAACAUGAUUUUAUCCUUGAAUAACCGACAGGAUCGUUGGAGAUGCCACCACGCGAACUGCAGGCACGAUAUCCCGAUUCGGCAGGGUACUCGGCUACAG